GAUUGGAUGUAGCAGAGCAAAGUGGAGAGGUUACACGAUCUGUCUCUGGCCCAGUACUUCCAAGGUAUUAGAGGCUCAGCUUGACAGGAGCAUCAUCUAGAUCUUGUAAAUAUGUUCUCAACACCCUCAUGCAGACAUUUCAAAACAAGAGACUGGCUUAUGCUGUCAAGGAAAGCACUCUUGAUAGUCUAAUUAUUGAGCUCCUUCUAUGGCUGUUGGAUGAGAGAGUUCCACAUAUGGAUGAUGGCAGCCAACUUUUAAAAGCUUUGAAUGUUCUGAUGCUAAAGAUUCUGGAUUAUGCAGAUCGAACUUCAUCCUUUGUUGUUCUCAUCAAUCUCUUACGUCCAUUAGAUCCUUCAAGGUGGCCCUCACCUGCAUCAAAUGAGACAUUUGCUGUCAGAAAUCAGAAGUUCUCUGAUAUGGUUGUUAAAUGUUUGAUAAAACUUACAAAGGAAGGCAAUGUUGCCAACCAGAGGGAACAUCUAAUUCUUCUCCUUGCCAAUAUUCACAUUCAGAAAGCUAAUAAGCAAUCUGUCUUGAAGUUUUUGGUGGAUCCUACUCCAUUUUCUAGGAUCGUGCAGGCAAAGGACACCAAGUGAAUUAGAUAGAGAGGUUAAGAACUUGAGGGUGGCAUUUAUUGACCUGUUUUUUAAGCAUAACACUUUCAAAGAAACUGCAAAGCCAUCGAGAUAUUGAUGCAAAGAAUGGAAGAAUGUAUUUCACUAAUAUUUGUAUACAUUUCUUGUUUUGUAUUUGGUGAUAAAAGAAUUUGAAUUGGGCAUAAAUUAUGUUGUAAUAUGAUUUCUUAAGCCUAGACUAGUAGACUAAAUAUUGUAAUUACAUUUGAGUAAUUAAUAAAAAUCUAUUUAUGUUACUUUA